AUGUUCGCAGGAGAAAAGUACACAUGGAGAGCAAUUGAGACUGUCGCCACUAAUGACGGUAGAUAUGUCGCAGAUCACCACGAUAAUGUGAAAUUCGAUUUGACGUGCUCUGAAAUCUUCAACAUUCUGAAUAAGAAGUCGGUGGAUACUUUUCGAUUCGACAGGAACAUCGAAUUGGCGGACAUUUCGAAAAACUGGGAACAUAUUAAAGAAGCUAUCAAUAUUUAUACUGCCACAGAAAAGUUGAUGAGAGAUGUGUUGGAUAUGGUCUUGAACAAGUUUGAAAGAAUUAACACCCUAUUUGUCGACACCAAUCUUCCCAUACCUUAUGAUGGAUUCAGUAACAAGAAACUCAAGAAUUUGUACCUGGGAGGAGAGAAUACGGUAUUCUCUUCAAAAGAUUUUAUAGACACUGAAACCGAGGUUUUGUUGAUUCAAUCUUCAUCAAUGGACUUGAUGGUGCUCAAGGAAUUUCUUGUGGAAUGGACGAAACUCCCAAGAAAUCCUGAAAAACUUGAACCUCAAGUUAUUCGAAUCUUCAAUAUCAAAACUGAUGCUUCUAUUCUACAAGGCAUUCAUACCUAUCCCUGGAAUCCCCACUACCGAAGUCAAAACUAUGUAAUCCAUCUAGAUAAUGGUGUGGUGGCGGUCGAUUGCUCGGAAGGACAAGAUCUCAUCAGACCAGAUGGAAAGAUAGCAACUGUUUUGAUUACGGAGUCAAGCUUCGACUUCUUCGUAUGGGAACGAACUUUUCAUAAAAUUCCGGCUAAUGCGGUCUUUGGAUGA